GACUGAGGCGUCACCUGGUUACCCGACAACUGCAAGGGAUUGAUCAUGUGACAGUGAACCAUAACCUACGUUUCACUUCCUUGUGAUUUAAUGGAACGAUUUCCACAUGGCGAUCAUUUGUGUUUCCUGAUUUGCUAAAACUGUCUCAAGGAUAUUUGCAGAAGAGGAUUCUUGAAGUUUAAAUGCAGUAGAUUUCAGAAUGACAAAGACAGUAACACUUGGAGUGGAAACUUUCAACUAAUUUAAUUUAAAAUUUCUACUGUGUAUGAUGAACCACACUGCUUCUUACCAAGAGCAAUCAGCAGUGCAGGAUUAUGGUUUUUAAAUGUAAAACAUUCUGAAAUAUGUGAAAUGGCUGCAUAUCUGACAACCGACUGGACAUCAGCUUUUUUGAAGAAGCGUAUUUUGUUCAGCACAGCUUUCUUAAUCAGAAUUGUGCUGGUGUUCUAUGGAGUCUACCAGGACAAAACAAUGUUGGUCAAAUACACAGAUAUCGACUAUCACGUUUUCACUGACGCAUCAAGAUUUAUUACCCAGGGAUCAUCCCCGUAUAAAAGAGCCACAUACCGUUACACCCCUUUGCUGGCAUGGAUUCUUAUUCCCAACAUCUACCUCACAGCCCUCUUUGGGAAGCUGUUAUUUGUAAUCUGCGAUGUCAUCUCCGCUUACCUCAUGUACAGUAUCCUGCAUUUCAGGGGAAUGGGCAGUGACAAGGCAUGCCGGUACUGCGCACUGUGGCUCCUUAAUCCCCUGCCGAUAGCUGUAUCCAGCCGAGGAAAUGCAGAGUCUGUUUUGGUAGUUCUGGUGGUCGCCACUUUGUAUUACAUGGAAAACCGAAGCCUGGUGAAAGCAGCUGUGUGCUAUGGUCUAUCUGUGCACAUGAAGAUUUAUCCAGUGACAUAUGCACUACCGAUAGCCCUUUCUCUUCAGACACUAAAGGAUCCAGAAACAGAAGCACUGGGGAAUAAAGCCAGCUCUCUAUUAUCGAAAAGAAUUCAGAAGUUUUUCUCAAGACUGCUAAACAGAGACUUGCUGGUCUUUGCUGUCAUAGCUGGGGGAACGUUCUUUGCACUUAGCCUCAUUUUCUAUUCCAUGUAUGGCUGGGAAUUUCUGGAACACACUUACUUGUAUCACCUGACUAGGAGGGAUAUCCGCCACAACUUCUCUGCUUACUUCUACAUGCUGUAUUUGACUGCGGAGAGUGAGUGGAGCCUUGCCCUGGGACUGGCUGCAUUCCUGCCACAGCUUUUGCUGCUUCUUCUCACAUCCUUCGCCUAUUACAAAGAUUUGGCCUUUUGCUGCUUCCUACACACUGCGAUUUUUGUCAGCUUUAACAAAGUUUGCACUUCACAGUACUUCCUUUGGUAUCUUUGUUUGUUGCCGCUGGUGUUGCCCUCCCUGACACUGUCAUUGAAACAAGGACUAGGGCUCCUCUUCCUGUGGUUUGCUGGACAGGCACUGUGGUUGGCACCUGCAUACUACUUGGAGUUUGAAGGACAGAAUACUUUUCUACUGAUCUGGCUGGCAGGAUUGUUCUUCCUGUUUAUCAACUCCCUUGUUCUUGUACGGAUCAUCUCUCAUUACAAACAAAGGAGUGAUCCGCAAAAAACAAAAAGUGGCUAAAAAAAAAAAGACAUGCAACAGAGAGAGGUUAGCAGUGCUGGCUGAUAUUUUGAAAAAUCUCAAAAAUAGUAAAUAAUGUAAAAAGAAAAUCUUGAAAUGGUAAAUAAUGUAUUUGUUGUACUUAUUCUUCAGCCAGUAUACUUAAUAGUGUAAAUAUGUAUUUUGUUAUCAGUGGCCAAAUACCAAAGAUUUCAGAUAGAUUAUUACUGGCACUGUAGAAACUGGCUACUACAACAAGACCAUAAUAAAUUAUGUACCGGUACCCAUUUUAUAUAUGGUAACCAAAAUGUGUAGUUUAUUAUUUUGUUCUGGAUAAUAGAAAGCCCCUUAUAUUUUUACACUUGCUUUCUCUGGCAUUUAAGAACAAGAAGCACACAAAAAGCAUUUAAUGGCUUUUUAUUACUGUCCCAAUACUGAAUUUUGAUGUUUUUUGAUGCAGACAGUAAAGAGAUGCCAGUUCUCUCUAUUUAAACACUACCCUGUGACUUAUCUUAUAAAUUGAUGAUUAUGUAUUGAAUCUCUUGAGACCUUCCCUGGCCCUGAUUAGGAAGUCAUCAUUUUGGUAGAUUCUAUAAUUUGGUCAGUUCAUUAUGGUUAAACAUAACUGUAAAAAUAUUAGUGCUAUAUAUUGGAUAGCCUGCAGGUGGCAGUCACUGACAUGUAAUCCUCAAGUAUUUUAUCAAGUGUAUGGUUUAUCAUAGCUUAAAAUUGGUACAGAGAUGUGAACCAGGUACAUUAUAUAAAUACUUGUGCAGUUGUGGAAUCAAAAUGCCAUUUCAUUGCAGAUAAAUAGAAAAAUUAACCUGCUCAAGGUAAUCCUAAGUGUCAUUUUUAAGUAUGUAUGUUAAUUGUUUUGUUCCUCUCAUAAAAUGUGCCUUUGACUCUGCACUUGCAUUAGAAUAGUGCCAGAAAUGUGAAAUUGUUACUUAGGACCUAAGACAUUUCUGUAAAUAGAUUGACCACUGUAGUGAACCUGGGCCACAGAAAACAUUAAAUGUUGUAGCACCAGACAAACA